UCAAACAGGACACAGGAGCAGGCAUGUUGGGUUCAGACCCACAGCACUUGCAUUUGGCCACGAAUUGACAAGUGCAUACUGGUACCUUUGUAUCAAAGUACUGCCAAGGAUACUGUGUAUCAGGACUUUUUUUUCUUAACGAUGUUGUUGAUUCUUCUGUUGCAUACAAUCAUCAGCUUUAAGGGUUUAGCUGGAGGAGCUGAACCUGAGACGCUGUGCACCGCGUAUGCAUGCUUCACGGUGCAUGCAGACUGGGUGAACUUUGAGGAGGCUCGUCUGAACUGCUUUGACAAAGGAGGCUAUCUGAUGACCGUCAGAGAUGCAGAAGAGGAGGAUGUGGUGCUUUCCCUUCUGUCAAAGAUCCACAGGCGCAAUCAGGACCGAAUCCUCAGAUUCUGGAUUGGAUUAAAAUUGCACAAAGGUGACUGUGUGCUGCCUGAUCAGAGUCUCAAGGGGUUUAAGUGGGUAUCCGGUGAAGAAGAUUCCCACUACUCCAAGUGGGAACAGGAACCUGUCAACACGUGCACUGAGGAGCGAUGCGUCAGGAUUCAUUACUUGGCUUCAGGUCAGAACCAGCUAAGGUGGACUGCAAAAUCUUGCAAAGAGCCCGCUUUUUACAUGUGCAAGUUUUAUUUCAAAGGAAUGUGCAAAGCACUGAUGCUGCUGGGACCUGGAAAUAUCACGUAUAUGGCACCUUUCUCAUCAGAGCUGCGACAAAGUGACACGCAGUCAUUACCUCUUGGAACAUCUGCCGAGAUCACGUGCGGCAGCCACAAAGCUCACUACUCUGUGUGUACGGGUGCAGAUGGCGCCUUUCACUGGACUCUCCGCGGUCCGUUCUGCAAAGCAGGACGGCCAACCUGUGCAUUCAAUAAUGGUGGCUGUGAACAUUUUUGCAGUCAAGCCUCCGAUGAAGUCAGGUGCUUCUGCAAGGAUGGUUACGAGCUGGAAGAGGAUGGAUUCUUCUGCAGGAUGAAAGCUGUUUGUGGCAUUAACACCUGUGAGCACCAGUGCAUAAUGGGGGCAUCGGGAUAUUCGUGCAAAUGCCCAGAUGGGUUGAAACUUGAUGCAAACCUGCACAGCUGUUCUGACAUUGACGAGUGUCAAUUUCAACCCUGUGGCGAUCAGUUGUGCAUCAAUACACAUGGCAGCUAUACGUGUGUGUGUAAGGAAGGAUUUAAGAUGGUGGCUGGCAGAUGUCGCGAUGUGGACGAAUGCGCUCAGCCGAGAUGCAAGCACACUUGUUUGAACUUUCUGGGAUCUUUUUCCUGCCACUGCAACACUGGCUUUGCUUUAUCUGAGGAUGGCCACUCCUGCAUAGAUGUGGAUGAAUGUGUCCGCAAUCGCUGUGAGUUCAAAUGUGUCAAUACUUUAGGUAGCUUCCUGUGCACAUGCCCACAGAGCUUCCAGCUGGACACCAACGGGAUGACUUGCAGUCCAGCUGUGACAACCACUGCAGCCAUUCCACUCAAUGACCACACCACUGAAAACAGGAAACAAGAAAGCGUCACCAGGACCACAACUGAAGUUCAGCACCAUCUGCCACAAACAGGUGCACCGCCUGCAUUUGUGGCCAACAUCACGCAGCAGAGCAACAUAUCUAUGGCAUCAAGUCUGGCAGACAUCUUUAACUCCAGAGUGAUGAUCUGUGUGCUUGGGUCGGUUAUCCCUCUCAUCCUUGUAAUUGGCAUGACGCUAAUUAUUGCAGUUUAUAGAUGCAACCACGCCGAAGAAGCCAAAGAAGCCAAGAAGAGUGACACGACUGAUGAAUAUUGUUGGGUGUCCUCUGGUUUAGAUCCACGUUUAGAAAAACUCUACAAUUCCAUCUUGACUGAUGACUUGCUCAACAUGACCUCGUUGAACCUGAAUGCACAGCUAACACAGCUUCAUGUCCUGAUGCUGUGCUGUCUUUUGGCAGCCCUGAAGCAGGCUGAAGCUUGCGAGCCUGUUUGCAUCAACAGUGACUGUGUGACUGUCAACCAGGACCGCAUGGACUUCAGCAUGGCUGAGGAAGCAUGCCGUGCCAGGAACGGGGAACUGAUGGUACUGCAGUCUGAGAAGGACCAGAAAAUCCUGGAGGCAAUAGGGCAAAGUGUUCCCGGACACGUUUGGAUCGGACUGCGUUUACCAGCUGGUAUCUGCAGCAAUCUGUCAGUGCCGCUGAGAGGGUAUGCCUGGAGGUCUCACCACGUCCACAGGGGUUUCAUCCCAUCCUUUGUCACUUGGAAGGACAGCACUCAAGUCUGCUCCGUGCACUGUGUGUCACUUUCAAACGAUCUCAAGUGGACAGAGAGGCUGUGCUCUGACAAAAUUGAUGGAUUUCUGUGCACAACGGACCACAAAAAUGCAUGCCAGGCACAGGAAGCUGCAGAUGCAAACACUUUUCAAAGUGCUAACAGCUGUUCAGAUGCACCGUGUGAACACAUCUGCACAGAUGUGCCAGGAAGUUAUAAAUGCUCCUGUUUCCAAGGAUAUAUCCCAAAAAUUGAGGACCCUCAUCAGUGUCAGGUUCACUGCACAGAAGAGACAUGCCCGGCAAUAUGUGCUAACCUCCACGCUGGCACUUCCUGCAUCUGUCCAGAGGGAUUCAUAAUGAAUAAAACGUUUUGUGUCGAUAUUGAUGAAUGUGAAAUGGAGCAGUGUGACCAAAAGUGCAAAAACACUUACGGCAGUUUUGUCUGUGCUUGUUGGGAAGGAUUUAAGUUGAAAGAUCACAUCAAAUGCAUCAGAGCAGAAGAAGAUAUUGUCAUCCCCACAGAUCCUGUCCAACAGCCAUCUAAUCACACAGUGAAAAUGUCCCCUGCUGCUGGCCAUUUUCUCUGGGUGUGGAUUCUUGUGGCUGUUGGGGUGGUGGUGGUGAUAUUUGGGGUGAGGUUUUAUGUCAUUAAGCGUCAAGAGUUUAGGGAACGUAAUCCCCAAAGAACUACACCUCAUGAGGACGAGUGUUAAAGUUGGUCCAACAUAAUGAAUGAACCCUUGCUUUAAUUUCUGAGGACUUCAAGGGCUCCUGCAGGUUUUAACUUUUCAACAAACAAAUGCUGUCAAUUUUCAUCAAUAGAACUACAGUGUCAGGGACUGAGAUGACCCUGUACCAGAUUUGUGUAUUCGCUUUCUGCACAUGUACAAAAAAUAUGAAGUUUGUU